AUGAAAUAGUCUUAAUCAGUAAAAGGAAAAAACUUAAAAAGCUAAUCUUAACAGGGAUUAGCCAAAAAUUAAUCUCCAGAAAAAAGAGUCAAGUAGUAAAAUAGCGUUAACCCAUAGUUUUAGUAGCAGCAGUUAUAGUAGUAGCAACAAUUAUAAUAUAACUUGCAGUAAUAGCAAUAGCAAUUAUAGUAAUAAUUGUCUUAGUAAUAAAUGAAUCCUUAAUAGCAAAUUAUUCAAAGCCAGAUAAAUGGCUAGCCAAAUCCUUAUGAAGCUCCUUCUACACACUACUCUUUUAAGUCAAAUAACAAUACAAAUACUAAUAUCAGCUAUGAAGAAUAUACGGGAGGUGAAAGUGUUAAAGUAGCAUUAAGAGUAAGGCCCAUGAAUAACUUAGAAAGGUCUCGAGGCGAUGAAUAUUGUGUAAAGUGCAGUGGAGAUUCAAUUUAAUUAAAUUUAAAGGGAUAAUAGAAAAAUUAUAAAUUUAACUAUGUUUUAGAUGAAAAUACAUCACAAAGUGAAUGCUUUUUGAAUUGCAAUGUUGGAGAAUUGCUUGAAAGCGCAUUAGAUGGAUAUUCUGCAACAAUUUUUGCUUAUGGACAAACAGGAUCAGGAAAAACAUACACAAUGGCUGGUGUUGAAGAAAAAUUAGGAAGAGAAGUUUAUAUAUCUGAUGAAACAGAAGGUAUUAUCCCAAGAGCUGUCAGAUAUUUGUGGUAGGCAAUGGCAUAGAGAGAAGAAUAAUUUUAUGUAAAAGCAAGUUUUACUGAAAUUUAUAAUGAAUAAAUUAGAGAUUUGCUUAAUCCUGCAUCGGGAAUCCUUCAUUGUCGUUGGAAUGUUAAAAAUGGUUUUUUCGUUGAGGAUUUAAUGAUUGUAGAGUGUACUAAUGUUGAUGAUAUGAUUGCUGUGCUUCAUGAAGGAAUGAAAAAUAGAAAAACAGGUGCUCAUGAACUUAACAAAGAUUCUAGUAGAUCUCAUUCUAUUUUAACAGUUUAUCUUAUUUCUGAAUUAGUCAGUGGAGAAUAAACUAUGAAGCGUUAUGGUAAACUUUCUUUUGUUGACUUAGCAGGAAGUGAAAGACUUAAAGAGUCUAAAUCACAUGGAGAUAUGAUUAAAGAAACAGGAAAUAUCAAUAAAUCAUUAUUCACUUUAGGCAAAGUUAUCUAAUCAUUAUCAGAUAAGAAAGCUAAAAUGCCUUAUGUUCCUUAUAGAGAUUCUAAACUAACCAUGCUUUUGAUGGAUAGUUUGGGAGGUACUGCUAAGGCACUUAUGAUUGCAUGUAUUUCACCGUCAGGAGUUUAUUAUGAUGAAACAUUAUCUACAAUGAAUUACGCUGCUCGUACAAUGAAUAUAAAAAAUAAGCCUGUAGUUUAAAUGGAUCAAAAAGAUUAAAUUAUUUACAAUCUAUAAAGAGAAAUAGAUUUGUUAAGAAUGGAAAAUAAAUAUCUUAGAGAAUAGCUUCAACGUGUAAGUAAUGGUUUACCAAUAGAAGUACCUGAUUUUUUGAGUCCCUCACAAAAACCUAAAAACUUACCUCCUUUAACAAAGAAUCCUAAAAUGUCUACAUCAAGACCAAUAUCUAACGAUGGUUAGCAAAUGGAAAUACCAAUUAAUAAAAUUGUGUAGGAGUAUUAGUUCGAAUUAAAUAGAAUUAAAAAUGAAAAUGAAGAACUUCGCAAUGCAAGGGAAGUUGCUGAAAAAAAUUAUCAUGUUGUAAUGAACAAUAAUAAUGCUUUACAAAUUAAAUUAGAGAACAUAGAGAGAGUUUUCAUUGGUAACCCAGCAAAUAAGGGUGAUAUAAAUAAAGAAAAGAUGAGCGAAGAAUACAUGGCCUCUGCUUUGAUGUUAGAAAAUACAGAACUUAAAAAGAGGAUUACAGAAUUAGAAUAAAAAAACAUAGAAUUAUCUAGCAUAAUUAAAAAGAACCUUAAUGGAGCUACAAACUCCUCACCAGAAGAUUUAUGGGAAAUGAUGCAAAUAAAAUAAUAAAAUCAAUAGCUUCAAUAAAGAGUUGAGUUUCUAUAAGCUAGAGAAAAGGAUUUACUUAAUGAUUUGAUGAGAUUAUAAAAAGAAUCUAACCGUAAAUAUUGA